GGGGAGGACUGGGCGGAGGGACGGAGGCCGCCGCGCUCGAUGGGGAGGACGGGCCGUGGCGGCCGGGCGCUACUUUUAGGUGAGCCCCGAGGGCGGAGAGGGGCCGGGGGUGGCACGGAGAGGAGCGGCAAGAAGGGCGAAAAGCGGUGGCGAGGCUGCUGGCCCGACCUGACCCGACCUGCCUGACAUGGCUGCCGCGGGGCUGGCAGUGCUUGGCGCGGGCCGCUGUGCUGUGUGGAAACUGGGCCUAGUGGGCUGCCAGCGGCACCUCGGCCGGGCUGCGCGGCACCAGGCAGGCGGGAGGGUGUGCGUGUGCUGCACGGCGGUGUGCUGCUCUGGGCGGCACUCUGACCCGCCUGUGUGGGUUGGCUGUUGUGUGAGAGAGUGUGUAACCCUUAGCGAGGAGCAACAUACGAACAGGCUGGAGCGAUGGGCUGAGGCCAGUGGUAUGACCUUCAGCAAGGCCGAGUGCCGGGCCUGCCCUUUGGUCACAACAACCCCGUGCAUCGCUACAGGCCUGGGGAUGGAAUGCUGCACAGAGGAAAAGGAUCUGGGGGUGUUAGUUGACAGCCAGCUGAAUAUAAGCAGUGUGCCAGGUGGCCACAAAGGCCAAUGGCAUCCUGGCUUGUAUCAGAAAUAGCGCAGCCAGCUGGAACAGGGAGGUGGUCAUCCCUCUCUACUCAGAAGUGAGCACUUUGAGUGCUGUGCUCAGUUUUGGAUCCCUCACUACAAGAAAGACAUUGAGGCCCUGGAGUGUGUCCAGAGGAUGGCAGUGAAGCUGUGAGGGGUCUGGAGCACAGGCCUUAUGAGGAGCAGCUGAAAAAGCUGGGAUUGUUCAAUCUGGAGAAAAGGAAGCUCAGAGGAGACCUUAUUGCCCUCUAAAACAACCUGAAAAGAGGCUGUAGCGAGGUGGGAUUCAGUCUCUUCUCCUGGGUAACUAGCAAGAGAUCAAGAGGUUAUGAAAGGCCUCAGGUUGUGCCAGGGAGGUUCAGGGUGCAUAUUAGGAAAAAAAAUCUACUCCAGAAGAGUGAUGUGGCACAGAAAUGGGCUGCCCAAGGAGGUGUUGGAAUCACUGUCCCUAAAGGUGUUCAAGAAACGUGGAUGUGGCAUGGGUUAGUGGACUUGAUGGUGGUAGGCUGACAGAGCUGUGUGUGAUCAGAAAGAAGGCUCACAUUGGGGCCACGUGUGAUGGUACUGUCUGUCAUCCUUAGUCUAUGUGGGAGAGAAAUGGUACCAGGAAGAACAAGGAGACAAUGCAACAGCUUUUUAACAUCAUUUUUUUUGUUAGCAUUUGAGAAUGAGAGUGGUGAGAAAUACAUUGCUGUCUGGAUUUGCAGUUAGCUGUGUCGUACAUCAGUUUGGAUUUCUCAAUGUUAAGGAGAUGGAAGAGCUUCCUGCAGGAAGCAUAGGCCAAUGUUCUGUGUGUGUCAGCCAGAGGCAUCAGGGGCCCGUACAGGUGGCUGAGUGAUGCUAAAUCUUCCUUAUAGAAAAAUAUGACCUGUGAUGGACGUGUGCUUAUGCAGUAGGGUAACCUGUCCUUAAUAUUUGCAGUACCAAGUGAGCGUUUGGAACUUCCACUUGUGUCAGCCCAAGAGAGGCUUUUCCAAGUGGCUUACUGUGAUGCACACUUAAUGUGGAAUUGAACAAAAGAGAGCCUGGGAAUGGAGCAGAAUAGGAACUGUUGCCUUAACUUUUUGAAACAGGCAUAAAAUACAUUGAAUGCAUUUUUGUCAUUCAACAGCUGCUCUGCUGUCAGAGGUUUCGUUUUCAGUGGCCUUUUGGAAUCUAUAUUCCAAAUAUAGCUAGAAUAAAAAUGCUUUAGUGGUGCCUGUAUUUGCGUUAAGAAAAGUACAUAACAACAACACUUAUUAUCCCUGAUGUGAUAUUGACAGUUUUCUAAGGACCAGGCACAGCUUGAGGUGAUGUUGGGACCUUGCUGGGCGAGCUGUGCUGGGACAGUAAGUGAACAUAUCAGUGAGGUGUCAUAAAACCAGCCUGAACUUUGGUAGCUUCUCCUCAUGUCUCAGCACUGCUGCAGCAUCUGGGGGCUUGCUGUGUCUGAAACAUCUCUGGAGUUUGCAUUUUACAAACAUCGCAGUGUGAGUGAUGGGAUAGUAGGUGGGAUGCAGAAAUAACCUCACUGGAGGUGAUGGUGGGAAAUCCCUGGUGCGGUGAAAUACUGUUGCAAAGAUGGGAAGGUGCUCCCCUCAGUAUUUUGCAAGCAGGAGUGUCCUCUCUGAAGUGAGAUUUGAGUGGUAUUUGGAAAAUGAGCGACUCCAUCUGGCUCAGUAGCAUUUCCACAACUUCCUUUCCUACUGGUGGAAGGAUAUUAGCAAAAGGAUCACAGAAGGCUGAGUUUUGAAGACUGAAAUAACAACUGAAUGAACCCUCAGAAUUUGCAAAUUCAUCUCAGUUGUGAAAUGUUGGAAAACAGAAGUGAAGAGCCAUGAAGAGUACUGACGAAAUCAUUGACUGCAGCUAGUAUUCAAAGACCUUUCAAAAUACAUUGCAAAAAAACUAUGGUUGCCUGUAAGCUCUAUAGAGAAGGCUUCUAUUCAUGGAUGGCUGUUUUAUUACUUCUGUUCUGAAGUUUUUUCAGGCUUUCCUUAGCCCAGGCCUGCAAGCAGUAGGAGCUUGCUGUUGUGAGCUGCCAGUUGCUCUCACGCAACCGUGUGGUUUGGGGCACGCUGCAGUUGUUCUUUGCCUGCUGGCUCAGGCUCUGGGCUCACCUUUCAUGGCUGCCAAGGUCUUUCAUAACCUCUGAUCUUUCAUAACCCUUAGUGCUAGCCAGUUCCUCUCACAUGCCUUUCGUAAUCUACACAUACGCCGUGCUUUUCAUCCUAUUGACUCGCGGUAGAUUCAUCCUAGGUGAACUUGAAAUACCGGUGUUUCUUGGCUGCUUCAUUGCUCUGAGUUCUUCUGAGCCUGACCUGGGUCUUGCAGAGGUCAGACUUCCUUUCCUGAGAGCAAGAGUGCUCAGCAGAGGGGAAAAUAUGUUGCAAAACAGAGUGGAGUACGUGCAGUCUUUGAUUUCCUUUCCUCACAGGCUGUGAAGCCCUUGUGAGUUAAGUGUUAGCUAGCUGGAGGUGGUGUUCCCCUUUGUUUCCUUUUCUAAACCGUUGUGCAGCGUUGCUCUGCUGUCUGUGCCGCCCAGAUCCUGUUCACAGCCAGCUCUGUCUGCAGUACUGAAAGUAGGGUCAGUGAGAAGGGAAGCUGCUGUGACGGAAACUGGUUUACUUACACCUCAGCCAACAGUUUGCCAUUCUCUUCUUUGACAGUAAUUGCAUGCUGCACUGAUGCAAUACAGUUUGUUGUAGUUUUUAAAGAGAAUCAGCGUCCUCUUACAGCUAGUCAGCCAGCACCAUGGAAGCUGCAGAUGUCUUCAGAUACAAAUAGCUGUCACUUUGCAGGUUUGAUGGAUCAUCUCUUAAUAGGAAAUUUAAAUGAGAGAGCAAGUGACUAACAGCUUUAAUAAAAAUGAGGGGGGGGGUGGGGGGGGGUGAGAGGAAGUAAUCCAUUGGAAUUAUUAGCCUGAUGGUGUGAAAGAGCAUUUCCUUGGCAUGACAGCCAGUGGCUUGCUGCACUGUUACUAAAGCACUUCAGUGUGAUUCCAUACAGGCGGUCUUUUUACACAGCAUAGGAUUAUAUUGGAUUAGUCACAUAAAAUUGAUGUUUACUGUUUCUAGCUCCUUUCUGUGGAGCUUUUCUCAGUACCCCACCAAGAAUGAAGUUUGAGGCUGACGGUCUGUCUGUAAGAGGUAACCCUGAUGACUAACUUUUUAUUGUUCAGAGUACUGCAGUGUGGCAGUAGUUUUAGUGUAUUUGUCACGUUGCAGAGUAGAUUUUAUGGCUGAUAAAGAGCGUGCUUGGUCCAACUUUUUUGUCUUUUGGGUGUUCAAGAAGGGAAGGUACAUUGUAAGAUGUCCUCAUUUCUUGCUGGAUUCCCAUGAAGAACCACGCACGUGCUUGUUCUGCUCCAUCAGAAACAAAAAGAAAUUUCCAACACUGGCAGUGUUUCACGUAAUGCUCAUUAGUGACUCCGGUCUGCACUGCUCUCAGUGGUGUGUUAAUUGUUCCCCGUGUUUCCUUUCUGUUGUUCAGAGUCAUACCCUGACCGCAUUUCUCCUCUGCGUCCAGGAGGCCCCGAGGUUGCUGCUCACAGAGUGCCCUCCACAUUCUCCUUCCUGCCACAAACUAUCAAAAAAUUAGUCUCAAGCAGGAUUUGACCUUCAAAUCUGUUCUGGGAGUUUGAUAACGUGAAAAUUAAGAUUUUUAGCUUCAAGAUCUGACAGAUUAUAGUAAAAUGGUGUCCUUCAGUGUUUUCUAGAACUUUCAAACUGGCUCCAAUUCAAAUCAGAUCCAAUCAGGUCUUUGUAUUUGAUAUACAGAAAAUAUAAUUUGACUUUGGAUCUGAAUUCUGAACUUUUUAGUUGGCUCUCUUCCCCAGUUAUGCUAAAGCUUGGCAUAGCCACGUUGCUUCCUAUUUAAGGGAAGGGUCCUAAAUGCAAACUGGAUUACUGCUUUCAGAUCGAAGCUUAAACUGAGAUGGAGGCCCUUCCCCACCCCCAUGUUGGCCAUUUGGUUCAAGGUUGUUUCAGGAUUUUUCAGCUGGCAUUUGUCUGUGGGAUCGACAGGGCUGGUUGGGCCAAAGAACGUAAUGUCUCGAAAGAAUGUGUGAAUGUUGCAGUCUUCCACACAGAAAAGGACUCGGGAGCCAUUUUUGUUACAGCUGGUAGAUGAAAGAGGGAUUCAUUUGAGGCAGAUGAAAUUUUUGUGUGUUUUUUUACAAAGGCAUCUAGAUUUUCACAGGAGAAUUUAAUUCCUGGGAAAUCUCCUGAGGAUAGUAGGUCUUGCUGAGGGUCAAAAUGACAUACGCUGCCCUUUAAUCUGUGUGGAAAAAAAGGCUAUGCCUGGAGUUAUUAUGGGGUUGCAUCAAGUAAUCCUGUGCUCAGAGAUUUUCUGACAAAUUCAAUCAAUGAUUUUGGUGCACAUGUAGCUGAAAAAAGCGCUAUGGGUCACAUUCCUGCUGCUUGGCAAUAAGUAGCAGGCUCAACACCAGUGGAAUCAAUGACAUUUUCAUUUGUGUGUGCCAGCAUGAGUUGUGUCUCUGCGUAUACAAAACCGUUAGAAACAAAAAUGCAAGGAAAAAAGAAUGUGUUCAACAAACUGUCGGAAUAGUUACAUAGGGAAAUGCCUCUGCUGUAAUUGCAGUGACAAGUAAGUAUUUUUAAUGGCACUUCAUACGUUCGCUGACACAGACAAGUUUGUAAAAAAUCAUGUUGUUAAUCUCUCUGGAAAAUGAAUGCGUUUUCCAAUUAAGCACAGAAAAUGUAUUUCUAGUUUGUAUGAACUAUGGUUUGUAUAUCCAUGCACUCUAGUAUCUUUGAUUUUUGGAUGCUUCAAUAUCUGAUGUCUUGUGCUACACAGCUUUGGGUUAUUUUAGCAAAUUUGUUGAACAUCCUUAAUUUGGAAGAAUGGAUGCUUAUUCUGAAGUGGAGCCACCCAAGAUCAAGUACCACUUUUGAAAAUAAUUGUCACGUGCAUGAUAAAACCUAUGAAAGCUUCAGAUGUAGGCUUUUCCAAGUGUUUGAAAAUACAAGUAUUUUUUUUCUUGUUAUUUGAUUCAAUGCUUAUUUGAUUAAAAUUUGAAUCUUCCAUGGACUCCUUGCAGGUCUAGGUUCAUGGUUCAGAAGUCUGGCUGUGUUUUCUUGACUAAACAGUUACAGCAAUUGUGGAAGGACUGAAAUAUUUUCAGGGUUGGAGCUUGGUGAUCCUUGAGGUUCCUUUCUGUCCAAGCCAUUCUAUGAUUCUGUGUUACUACUCCAUCUGAAUAUGCAGUUUGCCUUUUCUGUGGCACUGUUAUCUUGCUGGCUUGCGAUCUAUUAUACACCUCCUGCUUUUUCUUUUUGCCAGUGGCUAUUGUAGCCACUUACAUUAUAGUUUAUAUAGUACUGAGUCUCAAUUGUUAGUUAAUCAGUGUUUGUUGCUGAUUGAUAACAGUUUUGUUGCUGUGCGCCUUUGGGAGAAGGUGGUUUGCCAAGGGCCUGGAGAAUUAGUGGAGUAGUUCAGCUGCUCCUGAAGUUGUGGAACCAGUGAAGAAAUCCUCACAAAGAGGCCUGGCAGCUGAGAUUGAGUACGCUGUUUCAUCCCAUGCAUUCUGGGAUUGCUCCCUGCCCCACAGCUUGUGUGUGGAUCUCAUGUGCCGAGGCCUUUACUUUGUGUCUGACCCAAGGCCAAGUGUGAGGAGUUGGCCAAGCCAGGGGUGGGCUGAUCCAGGGCAGUAGUGGGGACGGGAGAUGCAGAGUGCCUCUCUGCAGAGAGGAGCUCAGGGGAGAAGGAGCUGGGGGUCCUGGUGGACAGCAGGUUGGCCAUGAGCCAACAGUGUGCUCUUGUGGCCAAGGCGGCCGGUGGGAUCCUCGGUUGCAUUAACAUGAGCAUGGCCAGUAGGUUGAGGGAGGUGAUCCUCCUCCUCUGCUCUCCCCUUGUGAGGCCACACCUGGAGCCCUGUGUCGAGUGGUUAAAAAAAGACAGGGAUCUCCUAGGAGUCCAGUGUGUAGUGACAGAGAUGAUGGGUGCCAGGAGCAUCUCCCAUAGGAGGGCUGAUUGAGGGACCUGGGGUGCUCAGCCUGUAGAAGAGAAGGCUGAGGGGGAGUCUCAUCACUGUUUAAGUAUCUAAAGUAUGGGAGUUAAGUCAAUGGGAGUGGACUCUUGGAUGACUAGCAGCAAGAGGCAGCAACUGCAACACAGGAAUCAUAGAAUCAUAAAAUGGCCUGGGUUGAAAAGGACCACAAUGAUCGAGUUUCAACACCCCUGCUUAUGUGCAGGGUCGCCAACCACUAGACCAGGCUGCCCAGAGCCACAUCCAGCCUGGCCUUGAAUGCCUCCAGUUCCAGUGUUUCACCAGGAAAUAACUUUGCAGUGAGGGUGACAGAGCGCUGAGAACAGGCUGCCCAGAGGGGCUUGUGGAGUCUCCUUCUCUGGAGACAUCCCAAACCCGACUGGACUCGUUCCUGUGCGCCUGCUGUAGGGAGCUGCUUUGGCAAGGGCGGGCUCCUUCGGCGACCGGGCGGGAGCCGCCGCGCCUGCGCCUCAGCGUGGGGAGGGGGGGAGCGGCCGGCGGCGGGCUGGGCACGGCCCCGGGGCCGCCAUGGCGCAGCCUGCUGUACACCGCUGCCUGCAAGGAUUUUAUGCUGCUGUGAAGCCUCUCUUGGCCCUCUGACCAAACCUUACAGUCCUCAUCUCAGAGAGUAGAACUUAGCCACUGGGAAAGACUCCUGUGCUGGUACUGCAAUGCUGAGUCCCAGCUUGACCAUUGUGAAGAACCUUCCUUUGAAGAAGAGGAUCUGUUUCCUGCUGAAACUCGUGUGCUUUGUCAGCUCCGUGCUAAUAUUUUGUGAAUUUUUCAUUUAUUACUUGGUAAUUUUCCAGUGUCGAUGGCCGGAUGUGAAACGUGACGCUCACACAGGUAACGAAGAGACUCCAGCUUCAGUUCUGAAGGCCAUGUUUUUAGCUGAUACUCAUCUGCUUGGGGAAAUCAAAGGACAUUGGCUGGAUAAACUACGAAGGGAAUGGCAAAUGGAGAGAUCUUUCCAAACUGCUUUGUGGUUACUGCAGCCAGAUAUUGUUUUUAUUCUGGGAGAUGUCUUUGAUGAAGGAAAAUGGGACUCGCCUCAGGCGUGGGCUGAUGAUGUCAGGAGAUUUCAGAAAAUGUUCAAGUAUCCAGUUACUACUGAGCUGGUGGUUAUUGUUGGGAAUCAUGACAUCGGCUUUCAUUAUGAAAUGACCACUUAUAAGGUACAUCGAUUUGAAAAAGUUUUCAACUUUACUUCAGGAAAGCUAAUAACUCGAAAAGGAACAAACUUUGUCCUCGUGAACAGCGUGGCCAUGGAGGGCGAUGGCUGCACCCUGUGCCGCACUGCGGAGGCGAAGCUUGUGGCGCUUUCUCACAGACUGAACUGCUCUCUGCAGGAACCAAACCAUCCCCAGAAGAGGUGCAGUGAUGCAGAAAAGCCUCCAGCUUCACAACCAAUCCUUCUGCAGCAUUACCCUCUCUAUCGGAAAAGUGAUGCAGAGUGCAGUGGAGAAGAUGCUGCCCCUCCAGAGGAGAAGAACAUCCCAUUUAAAGAGAAGUACGAUGUGCUGUCUCAGGAAGCAUCGCAAAAGCUGCUGUGGUGGUUCCGUCCCCGCCUGAUUCUCAGCGGGCACACGCACAGUGCCUGCCAAGUGCUGCACACGGGGGGGAUCCCGGAGAUCAGCAUCCCGUCGUUCAGUUGGAGGAAUAGAAACAACCCUAGUUUCAUCAUGGGCAGCAUAACACCAACUGACUUCUCCCUCCACAAAUGCUUCCUUCCACGUGAGAGCAGAGUCUUCGCUAUAUACUGGGCAGCAGGAGCCCUGCUCGUUGUCCUGGUGCUAGCUCAUUUUCAGCUUCUCACUCCACCAUUUUAUUUUGCUCAGCGUUUAAUCAGUAAGCAUAAAGCAGCAUGAAGAGCCAGACAUCUGCAUUCAGUCACUGAAAUACCAAAGCUGAGAACAGUCAAACAUCAGACUAUAUUCAUGCCAGCAAAUGACCUAAUUUGAUUGCUAGUCUGAAGGCAGGUUGCAUUUACACAUACCAUAGAAGUCCUAUACAGCUGAUAUGACUACCACAGGAUAAAUAAUUAACUGAAAUGAACGUUCCAUGCUGUACAAAAAUACUGUAUUCUACAAUCAAAUGAGUCCUUUUCCUGCUAUAAUUUUUGUAUCAAAUAUGUAUAUUAAAAGUGUAACUGUACAUUA